AUGAAGUUGAAGUCUAUAAAUAAAUAUGUUGUAAAUACUGACCAUCAUCUGGCAAAACCGGAAGACGAUGAUUACAUUGCCAAAUGUAUAGGCUCAUUCGGUACUUGGCAAGCCAUAGUUUGGUUGAUAUCUAUUUCUUCCAAAUUCAUAGUGAUUGCAAAUGCUAUAUCUAUAGUUUUCUUAACACCUAAAACGGAGUUUAGGUGUGUGAAAUUCGAAAGUAACUUUACUGAAGAAGUGAAGAAUGACACGUGUUAUGAUGAUUGUAUCAAAUAUGAGUACUUUAAUUCGUUAUUUAAAGACACAUAUAUAACGAGAUUCGAUUUGGUUUGCGGGGACGCUUGGCUUGCAAGUUUUGCGCAGUCAGUUCUCAUGCUUGGGCUGCUUGUGGGUGUACCAGUAAUUGGAUGGAUUUCAGACAGAUUUGGGCGUGCCCCUGCCUUUCGCCUGUCCACUCUCAUUGCUGUAGCUUUUAUGAUAGCCUCCACAUUUGCUCCUACAUAUUGGUUGUUGGCGAUUAUAAGAUUUUUCAUCGGGUUUGGGACAGGCGGUAUUGUGACUCUCAAUGUGGUAAUUUGCGUGGAAUCUGUUGGAAUGCAGUAUAAAGAUUUGGUUGGAGUAGCAACUAUGUCUGCAGAAACACCUAGAUGGUUGAUUGCAAAUCAAAAAGGUGAUGAAGCUUUAGAGUUAAUGACAAAAAUUGCUAAAACAAACAACCGUGACGUUUCCCAUAUUAAAGAUACUAUAAACGAAACUCUGGAAAGAAUAAAAUGUGAACAGAGGGAAAAUAAACAAAUGAAUUUCACCGAUUUGUUCCGAACAAAACAAUUUACAGUUAUAACCGUUAGUUCAGUAUUUGCUUGGACUUUUAUUGGGAUUUCUUACUAUGGUAUAAAUCAAUAUUCAACAUUACUCGGAUCACAUGUGUACGCAGUGUUUGCUACAUUGGGCUUAUUUCAGCUCAUUGCCAGCAUUUUAUCAUCAGUUAUCAAUAGAAAAAUGCGCCGAAAGACCGCUAGCAUCUCUGCUUUGAUCACCUGCGGUAUAUGUAUGAUGACGCUGAUCUUUUUACCCGAUGAUCAUUGGUCCAGCAUCGUCGCAGUCACAAUAGCAUUUACAGCAGCGACUACAAUAUUUUGCAUCAUAUUCGUCCAAAUAAAUGAGUUGUAUCCAACACCACUAAGAAAUAUGGGAUUUGGCUUGAGUUCAAGUGGAAUAAAAUUGGGUGCUAUGAUUGCCCCCUUCAUUGCUAAUACGCAAACUCAUUGGUUAGCAUCUGCAAUAUUUGCAUUAAUACCAAUAUUUACUAUUAUAUUUUGUUUGCCAUUACCUGAAACGAAAGGCAAGAAUUUGGAAGAUAUAGUUAAAUAA